CUCUCUCUUCUCUGCCACUCCGCUGAACUCCAGAGCCACGCACUCCUUCCCAGAUUAGGGUUGUCUCCAUUGCUCUCGCUCAGUGUCCAGAAGAGAGAGAAAGAAGAGAGGGAGGGAGAAAGGAAGGGCGAGAUGAUGGGGGAGGAGGAGGAGGAGGGCAUGGGGAUGGAGAUGGAGGUGGAGGAGGAGGAGGAGGAGGAGGUGUUCGUGGUGCACGAGAUCGACGCCGACUACGAGUACGAGGCGCCGCAGCACUUCGACUUCACCCGCGAGGAGACCGCGGCGGAGGCGCGCGAGGCCGAGCUCUGGUUCGAGUCCGCCCGCAGCUACCCGCCUUCUCCGUUUGUGGUGAAAUUGAUUCUGAGAGAUGAAAUCCUGUCGAAGAAUGUGAACAUCUCUCCGAAAUCCAAAAUGAUGGAGACUGAUUCUCAUGUACGGGUUGGUGAAAUUGAUACUUGUACUGAAGAACCCAAAGCGGUUCAACCGAGUAGUAAAGAUUGCAAUGGAAUGGCUAAAGGAAAAGGAAUAUUUGCCAAGUUUCAGAUCGAAAAUCUACAGAAACCUGAGAGGCAGCCACUAGGAUUUUCUGAAGGACUGAUGUCUUAUAAUCAUGUAUCAUGCAACACGAUAAAAGCUAAGUCCAAGACAUCAGUCAAGCCUUGUCUGCCAAGGAACUCAACUUUAAUGAAGCCAACUGCAAGUAUGUUGGCCAAGCAAAAUCAGCCAUCUCAAGUUGCAAGCUCCAGAUUUCAGGUGCAAACAAGUCGGAUCAGUGGGAAGAGCUUAUGUAGUUCUUCUGCUGCUGAGGGUCAAGCAACUAAGAGACAGAAGUUAGACGGAGGUCAUUCGCAGAAGGUUGGUGAAGUAAAGCAGCAGGCUAAUUUUGUCCACAAGGCACCUAAAAAGGAUGCAAUAGUUGAGAAGAACCCUCAUUCAAAGCUGAGGCUUACCAUUCCCCGGGAGCCGGAGCUUGAAACAGCUCAAAGGGCACAAAGGGCGAGGCCAAGAAACAUAAGUGAUGAGGAACAAUCAACAGUGACCGUACGCAGAUUCAAAGCAAGACCUUUGAAUAGAAAAAUUUUCGAGGCUCCUUCUCUGCCACUUCAGAAAAAGAGCAUUCCGAGAGUGCCAGAGUUUCAAGUUUUCCACCUGAAGACCCUGGAAAGAGCUAUGGAGCAUAACGUAGGUGCUACAUCAUCCUUGUUGCAUGAAUCUGAGAAGGAAUUGCUGAAAUCCUGUCCAGUUGUAGAAAAAGAACCAAGGAGUCCUCAGAGAACCACUGGUGUGGAUGCUUCCAGGCAGGAUAAAACCUGCUCAAUGUAUUCUUUCAAAGCUCAUCCACUCAAUAAAAAGAUUCUUUCAAGUAAAGGAAAUAUUGGGGUCUUCAGAAAUAAAAAGCGGGAAGCAACGGUGCCUAUGGAAUUUAAGUUCAAUAAUGAGAAGAGGGUUCUGCAUAAUCCGCCGACGGAACUUUUUAGCAAGUUGUCCCUAAAACCUGAACUUCAGCCGGGUAAUGGAUCUUAUUCUCAGAGAAAAUUGUGUCAGCCUCCCCGUAUCUCCAUGAAGGGUCCGAAAGAAAACAGAUUCCAUCCUCUACAGCAAAACCUUGAGGUGACAAAUUUGGUGAAAGAGAGAACUCCCUUUGGGGAAAAGCAAUCCCAAUAUGGAAAUGGCAUUGCCGCUGCUGAAGCAGGCCCCAGAUUCAAUGGGAGGAGUUUGGGCAUUUGCUGAUGGCUGAGAGGACGUUGCUGCAUUGGUUAUUUGUUGAUUCUUGCGCUGUUAAAGAAUGGUUACAUAUUGGUCCAUGUUAACGCUCGUCUUCAUUAUUCAAGUCUCAUAGGAAGUUUACUCACCAUACAGCUUACCUCAACAGCGAAGAGAUGCUCUCCCUAAUAUGAGCUAACCCCUGUUUUACCUGAAGUAAGCCCAAGUCAGCCAUACCCAAAAUAAACACAGCAGCACGUACGACUGUACAAAAUUCCAUAAACCUUCUCACAGUCUGAAGCAUCCUCGACCACACUGUCCGGUGGCAGUUGUAAUUACCCAUCUUGGGCCACUAGAUUCGCAAGAACCGUGUACAGAACAUCAUUGUAUUGAGGGUGAUGAUCAAGUAUAUUACAGGAUACUUUCUACAGCUGCAUUUUGUAUUUUUGCAGCAUGAGCUGCUGUUUUUUCUCUAAGUUCUUUAUGCGGCGGAAAGAAGCUAUUAUGUUUCCAAUUGCACAUUUGUGCCUCUGCCUCACUUUUUAUAGCUAUAUCAAGAUCAAUCAAAA